GUUGUUUCCCUCAUCUCUAUAUUGACCAAUAACUGAGCAGCAGAACACAGUCAACAAUGUGAACAUAUUUUUUUUUUAAUAUUUUAAGAAAAAACAAAUCGAAAAAUCAGGGCUUGAGCUGGUUCAUAAUGACCAUCAUAUUGUUUUGUUUCAUUCUCUCAUUUCCUUCGGAUUUCCCUUCGGUUUUACCUGGUUUGUCCCAAGUCAAACAGCAGCCAGUUGACUUCGUAAUGUCGUGGUGGUUGCGGUGAGUUCAAACGGCAUGCAUUUGUCAAAUUUAUAAAAGGUGAGUUCUUUAAGCUCUUAGGAAAUGCUACCUCGUACAUCAUAAAUCAAGAAAGAGAAGAUAAUUUGUUCCUCACUCUCUCUACCCCUUUUGUGUGUGAGAUAUAUAUAUAUAUAUAUAUAUAUAGAGAGAGAGAGAGAGAGAGAGAUGAAGCUAGAUUAGUAUGCCUUGAUUUAGAAAGGCUGAUUCGGCUUUGUGGAAUACUGGGUUUUCACAGAGAUUGUCUGCGUCACAAAUAUCCAAAAGUUCUGUACGAAUUUCUGAAGGGUAGAGGAGAUUGAGAGUCGAUCCCAAUUAUGAAGAGCGCCGUCAGAAUUUCUGCAUUGCUGUGGGCUGACAUAUUAGUCCUCUACGCCUUGUUUGAGAUGCAAGAUUAUCUCACCGAAGUUUGGGGGCUAAGUUUCACUCAUGCUGCCGGAAUCCUCAACAUUUGGAAUGGAAUCUCUUUGGUUCUCCAACCCCUCUUCCUCUUCGCCGUCGGCACUUUUCUCGGAAACUUCGGCAUGCUCGUAAUCUCCAGCUCAUCCUACACUCUGGGCAUCUGGUUUUUGUUCAUGUCAGCUCCGCCGGUUCUUGCCGGUUCAACCGGCACGUGCAAGGAUUACGAGCAGGAAUGCAUCGGCACCACGCAGAAGGCUCUCUUCUACACGGGCAUGGUGCUGAUCACCAUCGGAGUCGCCGGCAACAACGUCUCGGUGUAUUCAUUUCUCAAACAGCAACCAGAAAACAAGAGUAGUGGUGCGAUCAUAGGCUGUUUGAGGAUACCAGGUAUGAUGAUGGUGGCUAUUGUAGGCUUGGCUGGAGCCAUCGCGCUCCCAUACAUAAAGCCAUGGACCUACCGGUUCGGAAUCCCGGCGGUCUGCACUACUAUUGCGAAUAUAUCCUUCCUAACCGGUUUAUGUUUCUGCAAAUACGAACUCCCCGGUCCGGACCGGGACCGGAUAGCCAACCUGGGCCGGAUGUUUUCUCUCCGCAUGUUUCCUAUGUGGGUGACGUUUGUGAUCUGUGGGGUCGUGUCCUCGACCGGGAACACCUACUUCGUGGAGCAGGCGAAGCACCUGGACCGGCACUUGGGGACGUGGGAGGUUCCAACUCAGGUACUUCUCCUGGCUCAGACCUGGCUAGGCAUGCUGCUGGCUGCUGUGGCCGGGGUGAUUUUCAAGGGGUGGGGGAUUUUAACGGCUAAGGCGUUCGGGGUGUUGUGUUGUGUGGCUGCAGCGGAGAUGGAGAGGAAGAGGCUCGGCGUGGUGAGGAGCCGCGGACUGGUGGAUAAACCGGAUGAGGAUGUUCCGAUGAGCGUGUAUUGGUUGCUCUUCCAAUUCGUGUUGCUCGGGGGUGUUGAGAAGUUGUUGGAGAAGAGCGUGGCGGAGUUCGACGAGGAUGGAAUAAGUAUCGGUGCGGACGGGAAGCCGGAGGAUGAGUUGAAGGCGCGGUGCAUUGAGAUAUUUAGCAAAGGGGUGUCGGGGCUGGGGUUCAUGUGUGGGGUGCUUUUAGUUUUUGUUGUGGGGAAAUUAAGUGCGAGGGGGGAUAGACCCAACUGGUUUCAGUUCGACUUGAACCGGAGUCAUUUGGACCGGUAUUAUUGGGUGCUUGCGGUUUUGACCGGUGGGAGCUUUGUCUUGUUCGUUGUGGGGCGUUUGUGUUGUGUGUGUGUGAGGAGGUGAGCAAUUCAUAUCCCCUAUUGCUUAUAUGACUUAUGAGAUUUUUUGUUGUAUUUUUCUGCUAUGGCAGUGGACUCGGUGGUACUAAAAGAUUGUUGAAAUUGAUUCAUUUCACAUUUUUGUUAAA